AGGACACAUCACCCCAGCGCAGGCCCAAGGCCAGCCAAGAGGAGCAGCAGUCAGUGGAUACCAAAACCACCCAUCCCAAAACCAUCAGCCGCAAUUACCAAAACCACCCUCUCACCCGCUACAUAUACCACACCUUCUCCCACUCUAUCACACCUCCCAGCUCCAGCAGCGUAGCUCAGAGAAGGGACGAGGAAGUAAAAUAGGCAGAGCAGCAGAGGUCGAGUUUUGUGACCGGAUGGCGCACAUGAGCCGGGUGUGGGCGGCGGCCACGGUGGCCGCCGUGCGUGCGCAGCGCGAGAGGGCGCCUUCCGCCGCGGCGGGGGCGCGGGACCGGCUGGCCGGGCUGGCCCCGCAGGCGGCCGCGCUGGCCGGGGCGCGGGCGGCCUGCGCCGACGGGCGCAGGCAGGCCGGCGCCGACGAGUCGCUCCGCAAGGCCAUGUACCUCAGCUGCUGGGGACCCAGCUGAGCUGUACGGCGUUGGUGAGUGACCGACCGACCGUCGGCGGGUGACUGGACUGUAUGUAAUUCGUACGUACAUUAGUUCUAGGCUCUUUGUGUAGAUAUUCGAUGGAAUGGAACUACGAACUACCGCUCACUGCUAAUAAUCAUUGGGUUCAAAAAAUAAUAAUAACAAGCGGUUCCAUCGUUUGGAACUUAGAAUGGUACCAUCGGUCACACUCAAUGUUUUACUUUCUCAGCUCGUUCCGAAAUCACUGAAAUUCGAUGUAUUUUUUUUUCUCCGUUUUCGGUACUAAUAACCGAGCGAAGAGCGUGUUCUACUA